UGAAUGCGGCCCCGGUAAUUCCUCCCCCCGGCGGCGCGGGGCAGCUCUGUGCGCGGCUGUUUACUUCCAUCACGGGAUCGGCAUCGCCGGCUGUGCGAACCCGAGCGGUUCCCUUUGCGGGGCGGGAGGCGUGGGGCCGAAAUCCUUGAAAAACAGCGCCGUUCCCUCCGCAGAUCCCCCAGAGCAGCGCUAUUUCUAACUCCCCCCCCCCCCCCCCCCCCCCAGCCCGGGGCUCUGCGCUUUGCCCCCUCCCCGCUAAUCCCGUUUGCGUACAGGUGGAGCACAGCGCGGGCUCCGGGCUCGCACCGCCUGUUAUGUAAAACGCACUUGAAUGACAAAACUGUAGUUUUCCACGGAGCCGGGCAGGACGUGGGAGGAACUGCAGGGCUGUGCGGUGCUCUGAGCCGGACCGUGCGGUGCUGCGUUACAUCACAGAACCCCCCCGGGCGGCGGGAGGCUGUCCUCGGGAGAGGCAGUGGGAGGCAGUGGAGCUGGCCUCGGCACCGGGAGAGGCUGGACUUCCCGUCUCUCUGUGCUGAAUGGCUGCGAUGGCGCCCGCUCUCACUGACGCAGCAGCUGAAGCUCACCACAUCCGAUUCAAGCUGGCUCCCCCGUCCUCCACCUUGUCGCCUGGCAGUGCCGAGAGCAACGGCAACGCCAACAACAUCCUCCUGGCUGCCAACGGCACCAAAAGGAAAGCCAUUGCUCCGGAGGAUCCCAGUUUAGAUUUCCGAAACAACCCCACGAAGGAAGAGCUGGGCAAGCUGCAGCCACUAGUGGCCUCUUAUCUCUGCUCGGAUGUAACAUCUGUCUCUUCAAAAGAGCCUCUGAAGCUGCAAGGAGUCUUCAACAAGCAGACAGUCCUUAAAUCUCACUCUCUAUUAUCUCAGUCCUUCUUGAAAACGAGUGAUCUGUUGGGGAGGCAGCCGGUGUUGGAAUUUACUUUGGAGAACCUAAAAACAAUGAGUACUAAUAGCCAGCCACCUCUCCCGCAAGCGCCUGUGAACGGCUUGGCCAAGAAAUUGGCCAAAAGUACCAAUUCAGACCAUGAAAACCCUAGUGCUCUGAACGGUGGGAAGUGUGCUUCUCCUGCUGCUGCCCUCCAGGGCGUUGACUAUAAUGCAGGAGGUUCUGAACUGGGGGAUUUGAAGGCCGGGUUGACCAAUUGCACUCUUCCACACAGAAGCCUUGAUGCGGAACGCACGACUCCUUUUAGCAAUAAUAGCACCGCAAACAAAUCUUCCCUUAAUUCCACGGAGCAGCAGCAGGUGCUGGAGGGUGGCAGUGGAGAGACGAGGUUGCCUGGGGUUGGUGGUCACUCGGAAUUUGGGAGCGGUAAGUUGGAGGAGCAGAAACCUUCUCUGUCAGCCGGCCAUCACAGCGCUCUCGACUCCGAGAUGAGGACGAGGGCCUUGCUGCGACGGCAGGCAGACAUUGAGAACCGGGCUCGGAGGCUGCAGAAACGUUUGCAGGUGGUGCAGGCGAAGCAGGUGGAGAGACACAUCCAGCAGCAGUUGGGCGGCUUCUUGGAGAAAACUCUGAGCAAGCUUCCGACUUUGGACCCUGUGAGGCAUCGCAGCCAACUGAUGUUGACCAGAAAAGCAGAAGCAGCUUUGAGGAAAGCCGCGAGUGAGACAGUUACUUCGGAAGGCCUAAGCAGCUUCUUGAAGAGCGAUUCGAUAUCGGAAGAACUGGAGAGAUUCACAGCCAGUGGCAUGGCCAACUUGAGAUCCAGCGAACAGGCGUUUGACUCGGAUGUCACUGACAGCAGCUCAGGAGGGGAGUCUGACGUUGAGGAGGAGGAACUGACCAAAGCAGAUCCAGAGCAGCCCCACGUACCUCUGAGACGAAGGGCAGAGUGGAGAUGGGCAGCAGACCGUGCAGCCAUCGUCAGUCGCUGGAAUUGGCUCCAAGCCCACGUCUCAGACCUGGAAUACCGAAUCCGGCAGCAAACGGAUAUUUACAAGCAGAUCAGAGCCAAUAAGGGGCUGAUAGUCCUCGGUGAAGCAUCGCCCCCUGACCCCGCAGUGGAUGAUGCAUCCCGUCCCAUCAGUGCUGAUGUGAAGCUGGAGCCCGGCGCAGAGCGGCUGAGUGUUUCUGGAUCCCAGCCCUUGGACAGCUUGGGUCUUUCUGCUGCAAGUACUCCUGAGUCCCAUCCCACCAAGCUCUGUGGAGCACCAAGACCCGUCAAUGGAGUUAUCAACACUCUUCAGCCUGGCCUGGCAGAACACGCUCAGGGAGAUGGCCAGGAAGCUGAGGAGCUCUUGCAUAAAAAGCAGAGGAUGAAUGUGGUCUCUUCAGCUUCAGAUGGGACGUGUGUGGCCGCCCGCACGCGCCCGGUGCUCAGCUGUAAGAAGCGACGGCUGGUCCGACCCAGCAGCAUCAUGCCCCUGUCCAAAAAGGUCCAUCGGAACAGCCUGGCUCGGUGCAGCUGUGAUGUGAGCCCCUCGUGUGCUCUGUGUGGUGCCCGCAGCUCCGCGCCGCUGGACAUGCAGUACGAUGCACCGCUGCUGGAGCGCCUGUCCCAGCUGGACUCCUGCAUCCACCCCGUGCUGUCCUUCCCAGAUGACGUGCCGACCAGCCUGCACUUCCAGAGCAUGUUGAAAUCCCAGUGGCAGAACAAACCCUACGAGAAAAUGAAAGCUCCCAAAAAGCUCUCGCUGAAGCACAGAGCCUCCAUGCCCACCAGCAGCCUGACCGACCCAGCUCGCAAGGACCGCCACAAGCUGGUGAACUCCUUCUUCACCGCAGCCAAGCGCUCACAGCACAAAACCCAGGCAGACAAGGCACACAGGCUGCCUUUAGACGAUUUUAUGGCCGUGUCCAAGGCCGAGAGAGCGCCUGAGCGCUCGCUUGUCCAGCCUCCCGCCCAUGACAAAAAGCGAUUGCGCGACUGCUCAUCUGAGAGGAGUGAAGUGCUGAAGCAUCAUGCAGACGUCGGUGGCCCGAGCUACUUGGCAGCAGCUGCGACCCAUGCACCUCACAGCCCCAUAGCACGGCAGCUGUCCGCCUCCUCGGAGGGCUCUGCUCCCACCAGCACGAGCUCCCAGGGCGCCUCCAGCACGGCUCAGCCGAGGAGGAGGAGAGGGGAAAGUUCAUUUGAUAUUAACAACAUUGUCAUCCCGAUGUCUGUCGCCGCCACAACUCGCGUGGAGAAGCUGCAGUACAAGGAGAUCCUGACACCCAGCUGGCGUGAGGUGGACAUCGGCGCCCCGAAGGUCAGCCCUGAUGAAGACAACGAGGAGAUCGAGGACUUGUCUGAUUCAGCCUUUGCUGCUCGGCACAGCAAGUGUGAAGAGAUGGAGCGAGCAAGGUGGCUUUGGAGCACGAGUGUGCCCCCACAGCGGCGGGGCAGCAGGUCCUACAGAUCGACGGACGGACGGACAACCCCUCAGCUGGGGACCCCCUCCACCCCCCAGCCAGCAUCCCCGGACGUGGGCAGCUUCCAUUCCCACUCGGAGCCGUCCCACAGCCACUCCCCGCGCAGCCCCAUCAGCCCUGAACUGCUCUCGGCUCCCCUCACCCCCCUGUCCCGCGAUUCCCUGCGGCUCCUGCCCAGCGAGGACACGCGCUGCUCCACUCCCGAGGCUCUGGACGAGCAGGCCGUGCUGCCCUGGGAGCGGCGCUGCUUCCCCCUGUCGUACGACCCCAGGACGGAGUGUGAGGACCAAUGCGACCCCCAGGACCGGUCGUCACGCUGCACCCGGCGCACGUCGGGCAGCAAAUCGUCCCGGGACGCCGAUGGCACUUCAGCUUCACCCACCCUGACGGGCAUCAAGAGCCGCCCCCCCCCGGCAGCCCCCCCUCCUUCCUCCUCCUCCUCCUCCUCCUCUGCAGCAGCAGCGGUUCAGCGGCCGGCGCACAGAUAGAGACACGGGGAGACACGAGCAAAACCAACACACAGAACUAACUCUUGGCAUUAAAGCUUCCAAAAUCUGCGUUUGAUAUUCAAA